UAAUGAAGUUUUUGAUAUUUGUUGUAAUUGGUCUAGCUUUGGCAGUUCCACUUUCAGAAGAUUUGGCUUAGUUGUCUCUUUUGUAAACACCUAAAGAGGAGGUGUUAGAACAAUUAGGUGAUUUAUUGAGUGAAUUAAGAAAAGAAUAAACAAUGGAUGAUACUUAACUUGCUCAAGUAUAUUAUUUUGAUAUAAUUUAGACUAAUGCAAAAUUAGAAGCUGAUAUUUUGAUAUCAUAAUCCUAAUUAGAAGCUCAAGUGAACUAAUUAAAAGCUACCAACACCUUAAUUGGAGAUUUGAGUGAAGAAAUCUACUCAAUUUCAAAAACUUGGGCCAAUCUUAAUUAAUAAUUAACAGAUUUAGGGGCUAGAGAUAUCUAAUUAAGAGAUUCUUUAGCAAAUGAAGGAGCUGCUUUUGAAGUAAAUUAAUUUAUAAAUAAUUUUAGAACGAAUCAUCAUAAGCAAGAAGAUCAAUUAAUGGUCUUACAUAAAUCAUAUCAAAAUUAACAGAUGCUGUUUUAUCUUAAUAAUCAUUAAUUGAAAAAUAAGAAAUUGUGAAUGUAAUGAAAUAAGAAUUGGGAUAAAAGCAUCCAGUUGCUUUACUAGUAGAAGUAACUUCAAAGUUUGAUAAAGCCACAGUUUAAAAUAUUAUCUUAAAAUUGGAACACAUUCAAUCAUAAUAAGAAUAAUAAUUGAUACAAUCAGAAUAAAAUUGGACUGUGUAAUAAUAAACAUAUUAAACUUUGCUCAAUGAAAUUUCAGAAGUUUCUAAAAAGUUGAGUUUUGAUGCUUCCACUGCUAAGACUUCAAUUGCCAAAAAAUAAAAUGAAAAAGUAACUGCAGAAAAAAGAAAGGCUUAACUUGAGACCACAAUUCCAUAAACUGAACAAGUCUUAACAAAUCUAAAAUAAUAAUAAGAGGCAUAUAAUAUGGCAUAUUCUGCUAGAAAACAAAAGAGGUAUAAAUAUUUAAUAUAAAAUAUAGAACUCAAGAAGUUGAAACUUUAAAGAGUGCUUUUGAAUUGUUAGAAAAAAAAUUAAGAUGAA